CUGUCUCCAUUAAAAAAAUUUAUUGUUAAUGAUGUAUCAAAAUCUUGCCGUAUCAUAUGGUAUUAAUGCUGAUGAUAUUCUUAAAAACCCUACUAAAACAAUACUUGUAAAAUGUAUUAAACUAAUAAACGAUAAAGAAGGGAAAGAAAUUUUAAAAAUAAGCGGGAAAAAGAGAGAUGAAUUAAAGAACAUGUUAUGUGACUUCCUAGAACUUACGUCCUUUGUUGAAGUAGACCCGCGCCAGAUUCUAUAUUCCCAAUGCUGCAUAAAACCAAACUUCACGCCUAAGAAAAGGGGCGAAGUGGGUAGAAGAGUCGAAGAUACUAUUACAAGUCUCGUGAAUGGCAGAACGUCACCAAAAGAAAUUAAACCUAUUCGCGUGUGGACUUGUUCAAACGGCAAGAAACACUCCUUAGAUAAUCGACGACUCUAUGCAUUUAAAGAAGCCAUUAAACUUGGGGCUGCAAUAGAUACAGUCACUGUUGAAGAUGCGAAUAAAAGAAAAAAUCUGUUAAAAGAACUUAAGUGGAAAAUGAAGCAUUAUCCUUCCAAAGAUUGGUCGACAAUUGAAAUAAAGGAAAAUUGUAACAAAAAGUAAUUAUCCCUUAAGUUUUAAUUAAUCACUACUAAGAAAGUCUGACGUUGGAUAAAAAAAAAAAA